CACAGUCCUGCGCUGUACCGGGGUCUCUGUACACUUACUCCUCUGCUGAGCUGUCAGGAAUCUUCUCCAAUAUGUCAAAAACAAAUAAACACAGUGAGCAUCUACGCAGCUUGGCCGAGAAAGUGUUUGCAACAGAAGUUCGCGAUGUGGAAAGUAAAGAAGACAUAUCUCCUUUUGAUGUUUUGGAGAACUGCCCCAUUGCCCAUCAUGAAUUGGCAGAUCAUUUGGCUUUGAGGGAGAAUAGGGAAGCGCAGGAAAAAAGGAAGAAGAGACUGCAGCGUCUAAAAACAAUUGCUAUUAAAGUUCCUGAGGUGGAGAAGGAACUCACGAUUGUCCAUGAUUCUGAUGACUCCACUCCAUUGUACCUGACGGUUCCAGAUUUUCAGAAAGUGCAGAUCACAGGAGACUAUGCAUCAGGGGUCACCGUUGAUGACUUUGACCUUGCUGGAAAGGGUCUGUAUAGGGCGCUGGCUAUCAGGGAAAAAUAUAUGCGCCAUUCAAUUCAGAGAUUUCCACGAACUGUAGCUCAGUAUCUGCGUGACAUUGAAGGAGGAGUCUGGAAAGAAGAAGAUGAGAUUUAUCCAGACUUCACCCCACCACCAAAGAAGGGAGAAGAUCCUUUUCGUAGUGACAACUUGCCGGCCGAUGUUGGCUACCAUCUGCAAAUGAAAAAUGGAGUUAUAUAUGUCUAUCCAGACGAAGAAGCAGUGGCGAAGAAUCAACCAAAAGAUCUCAACUAUCCAAAUCUUCAUACAUUUGUGGAUGAUAUGAAUUUUUUAAUUACCCUUAUUGCCCAGGGGCCUGUUAAAACAUAUAGCCACCGCCGUCUCAAGUUCUUGUCAUCAAAGUACCAGGUCCAUGAAAUGUUGAAUGAGAUGGAAGAGCUGAAAGAGUUAAAAAAUAACCCACAUCGUGAUUUCUACAACUGCAGGAAGGUGGACACUCACAUCCAUGCUGCGGCCUGCAUGAACCAGAAGCAUCUUCUGCGCUUCAUCAAAAAGUCCUAUAGGGUGGAUUCAGAAAGGGUGGUAUAUAAUGCAAAGGGAGAGAAGCUGACAUUGAAGCAAGUGUUUGAAAAGCUACACCUGCAUCCCUAUGACCUCACAGUAGACUCCCUUGAUGUCCAUGCUGGAAGGCAAACUUUCCAACGCUUUGACAAAUUCAAUGCCAAAUAUAACCCAGUUGGCGCAAGUGAACUGCGAGACUUGUACUUGAAAACUGAUAAUUCUAUUGAUGGGGAAUACUUUGCAACUAUCAUUAAGGAAGUGAGCUCAGACUUGGAAGAUGCGAAAUACCAGUAUGCAGAACCUCGUCUUUCAAUUUAUGGACGAUCACCACAGGAAUGGACAAAGCUGGCACAAUGGUUCAACAAGCAUAAGGUUUAUUCUCCCAAUAUGAAGUUUAUGAUCCAAGUACCAAGAAUCUAUGAUAUAUUUAGGGCUCAAAAGUUUGUGCCUCACUUUGGAAAAAUGUUGGAGAACAUUUUCAUGCCCGUGUUUGAAGCCACAGUAAACCCAAAUGCUAACAAGGAGCUCAGCGUGUUCCUCAGACAUAUAACUGGCUUUGACAGCGUGGAUGAUGAGUCUAAACACAGUGGUCACAUGUUCUCCUAUAAAAGCCCAUUACCCCAAGACUGGUCCAUUGAGAAGAACCCAUCAUACACAUACUAUAUCUACUACAUGUAUGCAAAUAUCAGAGUGCUGAACAACUUGAGAAAGGAACGUGGAAUGAACACUUUCCUCUUUCGCCCUCACUGUGGUGAGGCAGGAGCAAUCACUCAUCUAUUAGCGGCUUUCAUGACAGCAGACAACAUUUCUCAUGGGUUGAACCUAAAAAAGAGUCCAGUCCUACAAUACCUGUACUUUUUAACAAAACUGCCCAUUGCUAUGUCACCACUAAGCAAUAACAGCUUGUUCCUGGAAUAUGCCAAGAACCCAUUACUGGAUUUCCAUGCCAAAGGCCUGAUUAUAUCAUUGUCUACUGAUGACCCGAUGCAGUUCCAUUAUACUAAGGAACCUCUCAUGGAAGAAUAUGCCAUUGCUGCUCAAGUCUUCAAGCUAAGCACUUGUGACAUGUGUGAGAUUGCAAGAAACAGUGUUCUGCAGUGUAGUCUUUCUCAUGAGGAAAAAGUACGUUUCCUUGGUGCAGAUUACCACAAGGAAGGACCUCAAGGGAAUGACAUUCGCAAAACAAAUGUGGCCCAGAUCAGGAUGGCGUACAGAUAUGAGACAUGGUGCUAUGAGCUCAACCUCAUUCUCCAAGCGCUGAAAACAGCAGAAUAAGAAGGAAAAAUGCAGAUUUGAGUGAUUUCCUAAUCGAAUUGCUGAUGAACAGGCUAACUGGCGUGUAUACACAGAUACACACAUCAGGUUGACUCCAGUCAAGAUACACAAAUCUAUUCUCACUGACACUCAGUGAUCCAAUUUUUCUGUAUAGUUAGUGUUGUCUAUCUAAAAAAGAAACCACAUCACUGCUGACUUAAUAAAGAUUCAUUUUAAUCAAGUAAUAAAAUGAUUCAUAACUUGAA